AUGAGGCACCCCGCAAACAUCGGGAGUUUCCUCUAUGAAAAGGCAACUUUCCGUGAAGUGUUGCCGAUAGCGAAUGAUGAGCUCAAGGAAAAAAUCCAUCAGACUUAUCGUGUGCAAUACCUGCAAGAUGUUUGCCUUCCAGCGCCAUCGCUUUUCGAGGAAAAUCUACUUUCUGUUCUGAAUAGCUACCUGUUUUUUAAUAGGAUCGAUAUUGUAAACAUGUUACAGAAAGAUAAACGGUUAAUGAAAGAGCUUUUCGAUCAGUUGCGUGAUCCUGAGACUACGGUUUCGAGAAGGAGAGAUCUCGCAUUUUUCUUGAAAGAGUUCAUUUCCCUUAGCCAAGGGCUGCCUCCAAAUGGAGCCCAGAGCAAGGACAACUUUUUCAAGAAUCUCCAAGCCAAUGAUGUUCUCGGCACGAUAGAACCCUGUAUCAAGUCACCUGAUCACGACACACGCAUCACGAUUGUAGAUAUGUUAGCGUUACUCGUCGAUCAUAGCCCACAGCUCGUUAGGGAUUAUUUGCUCAGGCAGGCUAAAGAUAAGAGCGAUGAUGAGGUGUUGUUGAAUCGCCUUCUCAUUCAUAUGCAAACAGACCGCGAUCCGGAAUUGACCUCUGGCAGUCAGAUUUCGCAGGUUCUUCGUACCUUACUGGAUCCAGACAAUAUGGUUUCUAUGCAAAAGUCGGAUAGAUCGGAAUUUUUGAGUCUUUUCUAUCAAAGGUCCAUCUAUACGCUUGUCAAACCAAUGAUGGACAAUGUCAAGGGAGGAACGAUCAAGCGAGAUGAUUACUGUACUGCUAAUCGUCAAUCAUUGGUUGUUCGACUGCUGUGCUUUUGUAUUGAACACCAUUCAUUUUCAAUGCGCCAGCAUUGUAUUUCGAACGAUCUCCUCAACAAAGUGCUCGUUCUCCUGCAAAGCAGACAUCAUUUCUUGGCGUUAGCUGCGUUGAAAAUGUUACGCACAGUUUUGGCGGUGAAGGACGAUUUCUACAAUCGAUAUAUCGUCCGGGAGAAGGUACUUGAUCGUGUUGUUGAGUGUUUUGUACGAAAUGGUGCACGAUACAACCUCUUGAACUCAGCAAUGCUCGAACUCUUUGACUAUAUCCGAUCGGAGGACAUCAAGCCGUUGGUUAAAUACACGGUGGAGAACCAUAUGUCGUCCUUUGAGGACGUUACAUAUGUGAAGUUAUUCUCGGAGCUGAAAAUACGCUAUGAACAACAGCGUGAUCGUGAGAAUGCGGCGAAGAUAACGGCUGAUGAGAGGGUGCCAAGUCCAGCGGCGUUUGCUAAAGAACGACAAGAAGAGCAGUGGUUCGAUGGCGAGGAUGAUGAGGCAAGUGAAUGUAAGAAAGAACCGAUAGAAGUGAAAAAAGAGACCAAAAAGGAAAUUGAAUCGCCUCGGAAGACUGGCAUCGAACCGAUGUUCCCUUCGGUGCUGAAACGGAAGAAUGCGUUUGAUGAGGACGAUGGAGCGGUGUUUAGUGGUCAAGUAGCACUCUUAACACCAGUUAAUAUUAUGACAGAGAAAAAGAUAGUCAUAAAGGUGGGUGAUCGGUCUCGGACACCAUCACCAUUAGGUUCUCCGUUAUCUACAACACCACCGCCAGUGCAAGUUCGUGAAGAUGAAGUCUCGUCUUCACAGAAUAAUAGCAAGGAGAAUAGUCCAAUGAGUAUAAAGUCCCUGGUUGACUACGAUGAGUCGGACUCAGAUGAAGAUGAGAACAGCGCACCGAACGACUCAAUACCGUCAUCGUCAACAGGCAGCCCUGUGCAGAUGAGUUCAAGUUCGGAAAAAGCAGCUGAAACAACUGCACCGGCGACGUCGUCAGGUGGCGAUCUGUCACCCUGCGACGAUGAUGUCUCGUCUACCAGUGGCGAGGAGGAAACGACAGAAGGUGGAUGUGGAGUGACCCGACGGAAAAGACCGUCAACAGGUGACAUUGACGAUGAAAUCGUGAAAAGAAGUCGAGCCUCACCUGAAACUUAA